AUGGCGUCAAUGCCUAAACCGGGUGCGAUGCGGCCGCCACUGGUGUUCGGCUGGAACCUCCCGAAUCCGGGUACCAGCGACCUCCUGCGCGUCAUCAAGAUUAUAGAGAGCGUUGGAAUCUCGUUCGUCUCGCUCAAUCUGAACUCCGCGGAGGAAGACGGACAAAAUGACACCUUUGUGCCGCUGUGCGGAAGCGACCUGGUCCUCACCUAUAACUACUGGAGCCAGAGGAUCGUCGCGCGGAUAGACAGCGUCGGAGGCGCGUUCAUGUCCUACAUGGAGUGGUCGGCCUACCUAGGACUCAGGGCUGUCUGUAUACACUGCGAACCCAUCUUCCAACAGGCGGCCUCACUCGCCGAGUCGCAUGAGCUGCUUGCCAACCUCGCGCAACGUCUCAAGGCGUUUCUGCAUUCGCCUAAUAUGCCGACAGUUUGCCUGUCUUUCACCGCGAAUGACGCUUCUUGGGGAUACUGGAACGCAAUACACGAAAUGACGAACUACUCUCCGCAGCUGAAGGUCGCCAUUCUCAUCGAUGGCGACGACGCCGGACGCCUGGCACGAUGGGUGGCAGAGCCGCUCACGGCCAUCAUUCUCAGGGAAAGCGCCUUCGUCAGGGUCGGAGAGACGGUGAAGCUGAAACCCGCCCUCGUGCCACACCUACACUUCCUCCUGCAGUACGACGUGAAAGUGAUGUUGAGUGGGAUGUUCAACUUUGGCCCCCUCAGGGAGGCCAGCGAGUUACGCAGCGCCGACUCGCUGGAACUAAUUGCGAUUAGGGAUCUGGACACGCCACCAGUGCCGGGUGGCAUCGGCAUCAGGGAGGCCAUCACUGCAGUGAGGACUGCAUAUGCUGCUAUGCCGCCUCUCACUGAGGCGGAGCAGUUCAGGGAGGGAUUCCGGGACAUGCUUCAGGAGCCGCUGCAGCCUGUUCGUGACAAUUUGGAAACUGUGACUUACGAGAAUUUCGAGAGGUGUACAAGGAAGUAUGCGCAAUAUGAGACUGCGGUCGGCUUGUGGUUGAAGGACUUCAUGGCGGGCGCGCUCCCAGGCCAACAAGCGGCUGGUGAUGAUGCGAAUGGCAAUGAUCAGGGACAGAAAAGUGUCAGGAGGCCGGUGAUAUACAUUGUCGGAGCCGGAAGGGGGCCGUUGGUGGAUUGCAGCUUGCGGGCACUGGCGGAAAACAAUGUCACCGAAUUUUCCAUAUACGCACUUGAAAAGAACCCGGCUACUGUAUUCACGCUGAAGCACAAAAUUGCAACGAACUCCAUAGAGGGGUGGGACAAAGUCAAGCUCAUAUUCCAGGACAUGCGCACGUUAAAGCCCACGGAACCAGCAGACCUGGUUCUGAGCGAACUAUUAGGAUCGUUUGGUGACAAUGAACUUGCGCCGGAAUGUCUGGACGGAGUGCAAAACGCUUUCCAAACGUAUUUCCCAGGGCAUCACGUCACGUUCAUGCCGUGUGCCUACGUCUCGCACGCCGAGCCCAUUUACGCACCAAAGGUGUGGGCCAGCCUCAACCUCACGCAAAUCGAGAAACCCUUCCAGCACCCUUAUACGGUGGCGCUGCACAAAUUCUGCAAAGUCGCUGAGCAGCCCAGGCCGUGCUUCAAGUUCGAGCAUCCCAACCCACGCCUGGAAGCGUGCAAGAGCGACACUGAUGACGUACAAGCGCUCUGCUACAUGAACAACGAACACAACAACCGGUAUGCUUGUAUGUCGUUCAAGUCUACUCUGGAGUGCUUCAUACACGGUUUCGCGGGGUAUUUCGAGUGCACGCUGUACAAGGACGUCAAAAUUUCUACCGUGCCGGGGGUGAUGGACGACCAAAUCAGUUGGUUCCCCAUAUUCUUCCCGUUGACUGCACCGGUAUACGUUAAGGAGGGGCAACUCGUCAUGCUGCACGUCUGGAGGAGACAUGACAAGCGCCGCAUGUGGUACGAGUGGGCGCUAACGCUACCACACGUCACAGGCGUACACAACUCAAAUGGGGCGUGUCAUUCAAUCCUCAGAUGA